AUGGAAGAAAACUCACCACUAUCAAGAUUUGCUUGCCCUGAAGCACCCACUGUUCCAGCUGCUCUCUGCUACCAUCCUAGUCAGCUCUCCUGUUCUCCUCCUAGCAGUGUGUCCCUAGGAAGACUUGGCAGCAUGGCGCUUCACUCAUCUUCCCUCAGUGGUCCUGCACCUGAAGCGGGCAAAAACAAUUCAAGGAGUUCUAUGGAGAAAACCUACUGGCAGUUACGCAAUGGAAAUGAAACGUUGGUUACCGAAUUCAUUAUACUGGGCUUCUCAAAAUAUCCAGAACUAAAGUUUUUCUUCUUUACUCUUUUUUUAUGUUUAUACUUUUUUACAAUACUUGGCAAUACUGUCAUUGUCACAGUUAUCAGUGCCAAUGCUAGCCUUCACACACCCAUGUAUUUCUUCAUAAGGAAUCUAUCUUUAUUGGAAAUAUGCUUUACUUCAGUCACAAUCCCCCAAAUACUAGUGACUCUUUGCUGGGAAGAAAUCAGAAUUUCAUUCGUUGGGUGUGCAACACAGCUAUAUUUCUUUCUGCUCUUUGGUGCCACUGAGUGCUUCUUACUCUCUGUCAUGUCAUAUGACCGCUUUGCGGCCAUAUGUCUCCCACUGAGAUAUACUACCAUCAUGAACAAGAGAAUCUGCAUCCAGCUGUCAGCAGCAUGUUGCGCUGGAGCAGUUUUGAUUGCUACAGGACACACUAUUUUCAUCUUCACCUUGCCUUUUUGUAGGUCCAACGUAAUUAACCAUUUCUAUUGUGAGAUCCAGCCAUUGCUUACACUUGUUUGUGGCAACACCUACUGGAAUGAAGUCCAGGUCAUCACGGCUGCUGGUGUGGUGCUCAUAUUGCCCUUAAUUCUCAUCCUGGUGACUUACAUCCAGAUCAUCACCACCAUACUGAAGAUGAAAUCAGCUGAAAGCAGACACAAGACCUUCUCCACCUGUUCAUCACACCUCACUGUAGUGACAUUCUUCUAUGGCACAGCCCUUUUCAUGUACGCCAGACCUAAGUCAAGUUUCUCUUUGGAUACUGACAAGUGGGUCUCGCUAUCUUACUCUGUUAUUACUCCAUUACUGAACCCUAUUAUAUAUAGUCUCAGGAACAAAGAAGUGAAAGGAGCUCUGUGGAAAUUAGGAACUAAAGUCUUGCUUAUCAUAAAGAAAUGA